AUGUCUUCUCCUCGUCCUUCUUCCCCCGCCAACGCCGGUGCCUCAACUGGCUCCACCACUGCUCGCGCCGCUUCUCCUAGAGCCCCUGGCGGUCCCGCAACCGCUAUCCGCAGAAAGGCAGCCGCUGACCGUGCCGACCGCGCUGCCAAUGUCAGACCCAGUAGCACUCGCGCCGCCGGUGCUGGUGGCAGCAGCAGCACUAUGCUGAGACUCUACACCGACGAGUCACCAGGUCUCAAGGUCGACCCCUUUGUCGUCCUCGUCCUCUCCGUCGGCUUCAUCAUCUCAGUCGUCGCACUACACAUCCUGGCCAAGAUCACCAAGAAGUUCUCGUCGUAG